AUGGACGGGACUAUGUUUGAUGAUCUCCCCAUUUUUCAGGAGAUAAAAAGAGAUAUUAUUGAGAUCAAUUCACACAAUGGCUCCGCCUCUCCAAUACCCGCUAUUGAUGCAACGAGGAAGCAAGCAUCGAGAGAGGAUGUGCUUGAAUUGAGAGAGAGCGUGUAUCUUAAUCCGCCACUUUCUGCUUACUCUGCUGCUCAUGUAAUACCGUAUUUUGCAAGGGGCACGUUUACGGAGACGAAGAUGGUGAUUGAUCAGAGGAAAGCUAAGUUAGAUGCUACCAAGAGUCUUGGCUCGCAGUAUUUCCGACCUAUUGGACUGAAUGCUAAUACAUUCACGGGCAAGUCCCUCUUUGAAAGAAGUAACGGUGCUGUCCACAGCCCUGCAUUUGAUUUCCACGAGUCGAUGUUGCAGAGGAACGAAAAUCGAAUGGCCAAUACGCGCAUCCAUUCCGAGGACGAUCAAUGGAGGUACACUGACCAAGGUGGGAGUGACUCUAAUAUGAUACAGGAACCUGAGACAUGGAAUUCGAUACAGUCGAACGAGGGAGAAGUAUCUGAGGUCAACGAUUUUGGUAGCGACUGGAUACAAUGA